UUCUUUAUAUUUCAGCUGCUUUCUUCUUUUUUAUACUAAAACAAACUUAUCUUUAUUUACACACAAACUCUACUGCACUCUAAUGGAAUUAUUUCGCUAUUCUAAUCACAGACACUAUCAAAAGAUAGGCAAGACUGCUGUGUCCUCUUGGUUGCCCAAGACUACAUACCAACCGGAUGAGCAGUUUCUUGCACAUAAUGUGCCCUCAUCUUUGAAAAUACUGGCAGCAAGAUCAGCGAAGGUAUCUGCCAUGCUCAAAGAAAAUCCUAAUGUAAAAUAUUCUAGUCUUCUCCAACAUAUUCCUACUGAUACAGAUAUUCUUGAGCUUGUUGAAAGAUUCUGCCAUGGAUAUGAGCUCAAUUUCUCUUCUGAGAAUGUCAUCUCACUCAUUUGCAUCGCAAAUUACUUGGAGAUGACUGACUGUUACAGCAAUAACAAUCUUCUUGAAAUGGUAUUAAGGUUCUUUGACGAAAAAAUCCUUUCUAGUUGGGAUGAAACUAUCAAAUCUUUACGUUUCGCUGGUAGAUCCUUGAAAGAAGCAAUGCGUUUGGGUUUGUUUAACGCUUGCGUGGAGUCUCUUGUCGAAAAAGCACUAGUUAAGCCUCACCUUCUCGGAGAUCCGAUGCUGAAUUCAACAAGUGAGGAGGAUAGCGGAGAUGAGGAGCAGGAGGAAGAAGACUAUAAGCGAAAUUCGAGGAGAAGGCUCUUUGAUCUUGGUGGGAAUUUAGAAGAUCUGACAGUGCUUCCACUUCAGCUAUAUCAGCCCAUUAUUCGGACAAUGAUUCAGCGUAAAGUCCCAAAAGAGUACACGGCUGUUUCUCUUUAUAAGUAUGCAGAGAAAUGGGUCGUCUCUAACAGUGAAGGAGGCCAGAAUAUUUCGAUUCUCAAACGAAAUUCCCCAAGAGAUGUGAUUGAAGCAGUGGAAAGCCUUCUGCCUAAUGAAAAUGGACUAAUCCCCUGCCCGUUAUUGUUCAUACUGCUCAAAUUCGCAAUUUCUUGUGAAUCAAGUAAUGAAUGUAGAAAUGGUCUCGAGAUUCGAAUUGGAAAGCAGCUCGAACAAGCAACAGUCAGAGACCUAGUAAUGCUCUCUCAAGGCUAUAAUACUAAAGAAGCAAAAUAUGAAACUGAAUGUCUGAAGAGAAUAGUGAAGCAUUUUUACGAAAACUACAACAGCCGUACUACUUCUGGCCUAAACUCCGUGGCGGAACUGAUAGAAGAAUUCUUGGUGGAGGUUUCUAGUGAUAUAGAUUUGAAAAUCGACACGUUCAUCGCGAUUAUCGAGAUAUCGACUGCAGCAACAUCAGCAACUCAUAAAACUGCAGAUAGAAUAUACAGAGGUAUCGAUAUUUACUUAGACAAGCAUAAAUAUUUAACAGAAGCAGAAAGAGAGGAAGUAUGCAGCAUGUUGGAUUGUCAUAAAAUGUCAUCUGAAGCUUGCGAACAUGCGGUCAGCAAUGGAAGAUUGCCGUUGAGAUUUGUCGUGCAGAUACUGUUUGUGUCACAGUUGAAAAUGAGAUGCUUAAUAGCAAAUCAGGUUCAUGAAAAAAUAAAAGAUGAAGAAGAUGAGAAUGAUGUGAAACUAGAGGGUGGUGAUGAUGAAGAAGAAGAAGUAAUGAAUCAGAUGGGGAAAAUGAGCUUAAAAUUGAGUGAUUUGGAGAGAAAAUGCAGUGCGAUGAGAAAGGAAGUUUGUUGCAGUAAUCAAGAAUUGAAAAAAGAGAAGACUAGCAUGUGGAAGCAAAUGAAGAGAAAAUUAGGGUGCACAAACAGCAUUCAAGAUUGUAACAGCCAACUCAAGAGGAAGAAGAAGAAGAAGAAGGUAUAUUCAAAACAUUGAUCUCUGGAUUUAUCUUUCUACUAUAUUUAUUUCAGUAGACAGCUAAGUAGCCUGGAUACUUUAUUCAAUCAAUGUUUCCCAUUUUGAGAACAUUGUCGGAAACUUGGCGUUUCUGUUAGGAAACUUCAUUUUUAACAUAGAAAACCUUAAAAUAAAAUUGUUUCGGCA